GCCACUCACCACACGUAGCCACGGUUUCACACUGCGGGCGCGUCCUCGUGUGCGCGCUCACGAAGGCUAUUGUGUUUUUAUCAACAAGGAGACCACCGUGGCCUUACGGGUAACUGAGCUGACCAGCUGAAAGAAGAGACACUGUACCACCAUGGGGGACGAACAAGAAAUAAUGUGCAAGUUAGAAAACAUCUUGGAAAUACGGAACAAGACUGUGCAGAUGCAGAAGAUCAAGUCUCGUCUUAAGGUUGAGUUUGAAUCUCUGGAGUCGGAGGAGAAGCACCUGAAAGAGUACAAACAAGAGAUGGAUCUGCUUCUACAAGAGAAAAUGGCACAUGUGGAGGAGCUGCGGCUUAUCCACGCAGAUAUCAAUGUGAUGGAAAGCACCAUCAAGCAGUCGGAGAAUGACCUGAAUAAACUGCUAGAAACAACACGCCGCCUGCAUGAUGAGUACAAACCUCUGAAGGAGCAUGUUGAUGCCCUCAGGAUGACUUUAGGUCUACACAGACUCCCGAACCUGAACGAAGAGGAGGAGAAGCUUUCCCUGGAUUACUUUGAGAAGCAGAAAGCAGAGUGGCAGAAGGAGCCGCACGAGCCCGCCAUCCCAGAAUCCCUCGCCGCCGCUGCAGCAGCAGCACAGCAGCUUCAAGUCUCCAGGAAGCAAGAUGCACGCCAGACGGCCACCUUCAGACAGCAACCCCCUCCCAUGAAGGCUUGUUUGUCCUGCCACCAGCAGAUUCAUCGUAAUGCCCCCAUCUGUCCAUUGUGCAAGGCCAAGAGCCGCUCCCGCAACCCAAAGAAGCCCAAGAGGAAGCCCGACGAGUAGAUCCUACCCUACCUUCAGCCUCAGUUUAACGGGACCUGGUCUGAAACACUGAUCCAAGAUCAGCCAUGUACUUCACAAUAUAUGACUGAAAUAACAGAUCUAUGCUUCAGGGCAACUUCCACAAACAGUCCUCUCUUAAACAAGUCGUCUUAGUACCUUUUUCAUAAACUGUCAACUGAAAUUGAUGGAGGAUCUGGUGAUGUCAUUCUGUUUGUUUUAACUGUGCUUUGGAUGUGUUUAUAUGUAAUUGUAUGACUUCUAUAGUAGGUUUAAUAACCCCUAACCAUGUAGCUGCAAUAAUGCAAAAACGAAACUUGAUAAAAUGCAGACCUUUUUUCCCCAUGUUGCCAUUGUUCUUUGCCUUAGAUAUUGUACUGUAUUUUCAAAUUAGUUUUUGAAUGCAUGUGUGCUUCCAUGGCUGUCUGUCUUGUAUUUGUUUGUGCCAAUGAAAAUAUUGAGUAGGCUUAAUUAAAGUUAGAUAAAACACAAUGUUGUUUUAAUGUUUACAGUGUUCAAGUGACAACCGGUGGAAUAAGAAAAGAAAUAAAACCCAGACUCAUCCGCUCUGAAAAGUGUUGUGUGUUUAACUUUAAUACAGUGAUAAGAAAAUAAAUUGCUGUUUUGUAUUAA